CUUCUUCUCUUGAAAAAGCUGUAAAGUUUCCGGCUUCAAUCUUUUCGUUCGCUUCUUGUUCUUUUAGGGAGGUUAUUAAAAUCUGCCCGACAUGAAGCUGAACGUGUCAUAUCCACCAAAUGGAACCCAGAAAUUGUUUGAGAUUGUCGAUGAACACAAGCUCCGCAUAUUCUAUGAGAAGCGUAUGGGAGCUGAGGUAGAGGCUGACUCCCUUGGCGAUGAAUGGAAAGGUUAUGUUGUCAGAGUAUCAGGAGGCAACGACAAGCAAGGAUUUCCCAUGAAGCAGGGAGUCCUUACUAAUGUCCGAGUUCGUCUGCUACUCUCCAAGGGUCACUCUUGCUACCGACCGAGGCGAAGCGGGGAGAGGAAACGUAAGUCCGUCCGCGGAUGCAUCGUCGACUCUAACCUCAGUGUGCUCGCUCUUGUUAUUGUCAAGAAAGGAGAAAAUGAAAUUCCUGGCCUGACAGACAACACCAUUCCACGACGAUUGGGCCCCAAGCGUGCCUCCAAGAUCAGGAAACUAUUCAACCUGACAAAGCAGGAUGAUGUGAGGCAGUUUGUCAUCAAACGUCCUCUCCCCGUCAAGGAGGGUAAGAAGCCUCGACACCGAGCACCCAAGAUACAACGUCUCAUCACACCAGUCACCCUCCAGCGCAAGAGACACCGACUGGCACUGAAGAAGCAGCGUUGUCUGAAGCGCAAGGAGCAAGCAGCCGAGUACGCCAAGCUGCUGGCCCAGAGACAGAAGGAGGCCAAGGUGAGGAGGCAAGAGGAGAUCAAGCGUCGUCGCUCUGCAUCCAUGAGGGACUCCAAGUCAUCCGCCGCAAGCGCCCCCAACAAAUAGGCAGUUUGAAUUUGUUUUAUUAAAAAAAAAGAAAACUGUUCAA